CACUCCCUCAGGUUGUUUGAUUCUCAUUCGAACCGACGCCCAUGAAGCUUCCGUAAGCAGAUACUCCUCUCCUUACGAUCUUCACACGGCGACUCGACACCAACUUCCUACGGCGGUGUAUAGAAUACCUGAAAUCAGUUUUGACCGGACCGGAACGCACGACUAAGGCUCUGCCUUGGACGGAUGCCAGCCUUGAACCCCUAGCAACCGGUGCCGAGUUGAGAUAAUGCGAGAUUACAUCCGAGCCACCGACCUACUACAACUCGUCCGCUUCGUCUAGAUGUCCCGCCACCGCCGCGGAAGAAAUCGCCAACGCCGAGAGCAACACACCUGCGACUCCUAUGGAGACACCCGAAAUUCCACUGCUGCCAACGGCGAAUCUACACUGCCAGGCUGCACAGCUACUGCCGUCAGUGGAGAAUAACCGAAAUGAGGUUUCAACGGACCGGAACGCACAAGUACGGCUCAACCUCGAACGGAUGCCGGUAUUGAGAUGGUGCGAGAUUCGUUUGGAUCCACCGACCUACUGCCGCUCGUUUGGUUCGUCCUGUAUGUCAUGCUACCGCCGCGGAAGCAAUCGCGAACGCAAAGAACAAGGCGCCUACGACUCCUUCAGAGACUCCCGAGAUCUCAUUCCUGCUGACGGCGAAGAUACACCGUCAGGCUCCACAGAGACGGUUGCCGUGUUAAGAGAUCAUGCGAGAUUCCUUCCGGUCCACCGGUCUAUCACAGCUCGGCCAGUUCGUCCUCUAUAUCAUACCACCGCCACCGACGAAAUCGUGAACGCUGAGACGAAGAAACCUGCGAGUCCUGCCGAGACUCUCGAGAUAUCACUCCUGCCGACGGCGAAUCUAAAAUUUCAAAGCGAUUCAAAGAGUCUACCACCGGCGCUGAUCGACUGGAUGCAUUAUCUCAACCCUCUCGUACUAGCGAUAGACCGGGAAGAGGAAGUAAUGGACACCAAGAAGGUUUAGGGCAGUGGUUUCUAGGCUACUACGGAAGAUGAUGGUGCAAAAGUGAUCUGGAGCCGAAACGGGAAGCGUGAUGUUCAGGAACUCAUCCAUUUAAAAGUUUCGACCAAGCUUCGUUCAAACUACCAGUACAGUAAUCGUUCAACUGGGUAGAAUAUUAUUUGCAAACUGCACCAUCAACAAAUCGGAC